CUGCUAAAAUAUCACUCUUGCUUCUUCAUAACUCACGAAGAAUCGACGAAAUUUCAUACGGUAAGUGAUGACGCUCUGUAAUCUGAAAGAUGGGCUUUCAUGGGUACUGCUCUGUUUCUUUUCCUAUGGCUUACCGAAUGUUGCGGGGGACGUGCAAACAGUGCCAGUACCACCGCCGCCACCCGGCUCGAAUAUCAAUCCAUCCAUGGUGAUCGUCGUGGUGAUUUUGGUCUGCGCGUUCUUCUGCAUGGGGUUGUUUUCUGUUUGCAUCCGGACGUGCGCGCUCCCGCGGGGUAUGCUUGGGGGACAUUUUGACGGUUCCUUCAGGUUCGGCCAGUUGUCUUUGAGGGCUGCACGUGGACUUGACCUGGAGGUGAUCGAGUCUUUCCCCACCUUUCGGUACUCGGCGGUGAAGAGUCUCAAGAUUGGGAAAGGAGCGCUCGAGUGCGCCGUGUGCUUGAACGAGUUUGAGGACGUUGAAAUGCUGCGUUUGAUUCCGGAGUGCAGCCACGUCUUCCAUAUCGAUUGCAUCGAUGUCUGGCUCAAUUCUCAUUCAACCUGUCCCGUCUGCCGCGCUGAUUUGGUUCCGAAACCGCGCAUCGAAUUCGUCUCCGAAACGGAGAUCAUUGACUCAGAUACCGAAGCCGGAAACCAACCAGAAAGUACUGAAACGAGAAUUAAUGUAGUAGAAUCUUCCGACGUAAAUUUGACAAUUACCAAAACGGGGGUGGUGACUGAGAACAGACCUCCGAGAUCUAGAUCAGCGGGAUGCAGGCUACCCAGGUUGUUUCCGCGGUCUCACUCAACGGGUCACUCUCUGAUUCAACGGAGUGAAAAUUGUGAGCGGUUCACGCUAAGGUUACCAGCAGAGGCACGGAAGGAACUGAUCAUGAGCUCGAAACUGAACCGGACGACGAGUUGCGUGGCACUUCCAAGGGCAGGGAGUUCAAGGAGAGGUUAUAGGAGUCGGAGUGGAGGACGCUACGGGCGGAUUGAGCGACCGGACGGAUGGGGGUCUGCCUUAACUCCUCCGACUUUUACUAGGGCGGGUUCGGUACGAAUCUUCGAAAUCGACGAGUAGUGAUCAAUCAAGUGGAGGCCACGCCGCCAAAAGAUUGUGUAAAGACUUCCUUCUAAGUUUUUUACCCAUCCAUUGUAAUAAAACUUGCCAAGAGUCAACAAACGGGAUACCAAGCAUAGAGCUAAGCUGUUGCCAUAUUUGUCUUGUGUAGCUACACUUAAAAAAGAGGUGCUCAUUUGUUUCUAGACUGCCAUUGCAAAGGAGGCAAGUAUCAGAAAUUGUGAGGGUCCAUUGCUUCUGCCUUGCCCUUGUGCUUAGUCGAUUAAGCACAACUAGCCAACUAAUGAAGCUAUGUUUAGGAA